UAGGUACGUCAUUUAGACGUUUUUCAUAAAUUUAGGAUGUGUUUAUAUUUUUUGGGCAUAACUUAAUUUGGAGAUAAUUUCAAAAUUAUAAAUUUUUGUUAAAUUCCAUCAACGAAAAUAAUGAAAACUUCAUAGUCUUUAACAACUUUUACUAGUAUAAAAAUACUAGUAGUUCGAAAGGAUUAAGUAUGGUAUAUAAAAAUGGUUGAAAUUUGUGUAAUACGUCAUUGAAUGAUGACUCGAAAAACGAAUGAGAAAAGAAGUCAAAAACCGCAAAUAGCGGUCAAAGACGUUGUUACUGCCCCUCCACAAUAUGAAACUGCAUUUGCAAUGUCUAAUACAGAAGUAGAAGGAAACAAAAAUACUAAAUUACAUUCUUGCAAAUGUAGAAAAAAGGAUAAAAAGAAGGAUAUUUUUAAACACGACCGAAAUUGGCAAUCUAUAACAAAUUUGUAUGGGGAUACUGAUACUACGCAUAUUUGGGAUAAUGAAUUACAAAAGCCGAAGGCUAUUUAUAAAAUUAAGCAACGAGAUCAGAUAGAUCCUUAUUUUGAUAUCGAAAAUUAUAAGACCAAUGUUUAUCAAGAAAAUAUCAAUCCAACAUACAACAAUGUAAAAUCUAAACCAGCUAAAAUAUCUCUUCUCAGCUUAUAUCGUAGACAUAAGAAAAAUAAAUAUAAAAAAGAUCAAUAUCCAAAUGAAAAUUUUACAACUGGUCCCUACGUUCCAAAUGAACCUAACAUCGAAUUUAAAUUCACAAAGAAACCUGGAAAAAAAUUUGUUAUAGAUCGUUUUGCCACUGGAGACGUUUGCAGAGGCGGCCCGUGUCGUGAGACUUUGGAACAUUUACAGGGAUUACAGGAUAGGAAUAAAUUUGAAAUUUCAGAAAAGAAAAAUAAGAACAAUAAGAAAGCAAAGAGCAAGGAAAGAAGGAAAAAGGUAAAAAAGAAGAGAGAAGACGAAAGUGAAAUUGGAGAAGAUAAUGAUAAAAGCAAAAAAAAGAAGGAAGUAAAUAAUAAAAAAAAUAUUAAGACAAAAGAGAAGGACAAAAAGAAAAAGGACAUAAAAGUAGAGGAGUCAGAAUUGAAAACCAAUAGUGACAAUAAUGAUGAAACAAAAUAUUCAAAACUUAUUGCAAAAGUAAAAACUGUCAAGGGAAACGCAAAAAAUAGCCUCAUAAAGAUGCUAAAGGAAGAUUUAAAUAUUGGACAGGGUGAUCAAGGUGCUUCUUUAAGGAAUAACGAUUUAAAAGCAGUAAAACCUAAAACAAGUUUCAUAGAUAAAAUGUUUAGGAUUACUUGUAAAUGUAAAAGUGAUAACGGCCGUGCUUUUCAAACUGUCUCAAACGCAAAAGAUCAAACUGGGGAACCAUUUUUUGAAAUGAAAGUUGACUCGUCAGAUAUGCAGGUUAUGAAUUCACAAGAAAUUAAUGAUAAAUUAAGAAAAUUAGGGAGGUCAGAAAAGAAAUUGUCUUGCAUGUGUCCUUCGAGAUUAAAUCGAUUACAAUCCCACGGGGAGGAAACUUGCAGAAAAGGAAUUUGUGAAAAAGCUUUAAAAAAAAAAGAUACUAGUUUCAAUUGCAAGUGUGUGGAGCAUAAAGAGAUCUUAGAAUGCAAAGAUUCUACGUGUAAUUUGAAAAUUAAAGGAAAAAAUAAGAUAAAUCAUAAAAGAGAGGUGCCGGUAACAACAGCAGCAACUGCAAAUAAGCCCUUGUUUCAGGUGAUGUUGGAUUCAAAGCAUAUGAAUAUAAUUAAUUCUAAAGAAAUUUUAGAUAUUAUUAGAAAACCGUCAGCAAAUGAAGUAUGCUCUGCUGGUAUCUGCAAAACAGCCAAAGAUGAUAAUGUUGAUGUAAACUGCAGAUGUAUCGGAAAAAAACUAAGAGCAAGUGUUUUCGAGUGCGAUAAAAGCAGCUGUAAAGAUAAAAAGAAGAAAUGUGCGUUAUCAUAUUAUUGUUCAAGAGUAUUUAGUAAAUCUGAGACUUGGAGCAAACGAGCGAGAAGAAGACAGAGGCGGCUUGUAAAGCGUUCCCGUAAUGAUUCAAAUAUUAUCGAAGAUAAAAAACCCAUAAGAUCAGACCAAAAAACAGUGACAUUUGAUAUCCCUCAUGGACUUGGGAAAAGACAUUGGAAACAGACUCAUGACACGGAAAAUGAGAUAAAAGUGCCAUACUUAGGAGAGGAACAAUCUAAUAUAUGUAAAUGUUAUUGUGAAUGUUACGGAAAGAAAAAGAAAAAAAAAAUUCGAAAACGAAGAAGAAGAAAAAAAGGUUUUUUUAAGAGACAAAAGAGAGACGAUAGGACUUGUUCAGAAAAAAUGACAGAUUGUGUAGAAAAACAACAAGAGCUCUGUGAAAAGAAACUUAAAAAGAAGAAAAAGCUAUACGAUAAACAAGAAAGGAAAGCUUUAAAAGAGAACAAGAGAAUAGAAGCAGAACAAAAGGCAGUUUCUAAAAAAAAUGCAUUUCGCUGGAAUUAUAUAACAAAUAUGAUUUCCGGAGUUCUUAAUAUUACCAUAGGAACCGCAAUUACAGUAAUAAAAAUCCCUUUUUGGUUAUUAGGUGAUCCAGUAGGGAGUUACGUGUAUGUUAGAGAAAAAAGUAAAGAUCCAGCAUCGUCGAUAGAAAGAAUUUUUUAUUGGUUCGUAAGAACUUGGAAUAAUAAAACUACAUGUAUUGCAAGGAAAUUACAGGAAUCUAGUACAAUGAAUGUUUUAGCAGAUCAAAUAGAAGAUUCCGACAUUUAUAAUGCAAUAUUUUCAAGAGGAAGAUCUGCUGAAGAGAAAGCUCUGUAUGAACGAAGAAGUAGAAUAAGAAAACGGAGAAUGCUGAAAAGGCAGGAAGAGGCACUUUACAGCUGUCGGCAUAUGUUACUAACAACCAUGAGAAAAACGCCCUGUCUGUGGUUUUAUCACGUUUGCCCAGAUUUAUAUCCACAGUGCCUCAGCUUCGUAUCAUUCAUGAACAACUUCAUUCACAUAGUCAUUUAUCUUCUGGCGAUCUUGAUGUGGACGCCAUGUAUUAUAACUUUUGAGAUGUGUCGUGCAUUUUUGUGUUGUUUCUUCUGUACCCAUUAGGUUGGUUGAAGUGUUCGUCUAAUAAAAUAAAAAGGUUAAUCUUCUGGAA